ACGGGCUUUCCAAUGAGCUCACCUUUGGUUCAGCAGAGUGUCUUCAGUCUUGGCUCCGAACACUGUUUGCAACCGUCCUCUCUUUAAUCACUCACUACCUCCGAACACGUAGGUAGAAAUGUCUGUGUCUUUCUCUUCAACCUCGGUUUCGUUCUCGGAAUCCUCAUUUGCAUUCCAAAGACCUGCUCCAGCACAUCUUUGCUCAAAUUCACUCACCGUUGCAUCGAACAACUUUCAUUCAGCAACAGGUGGUGGUCGUCUUGUGCUGAAUGUUGGAGGCACCUGCUUGUGUCGAAAGUUUCGUGGUUUGAAACUGUGGCUACUUGAGAGACUCAGCUUCCAAUUCCAGCCACCAAAGCAACCUAAGAAUAGAAACCAUCACUUCAGGAAUAAUUUGGAAAAUGAAAAGGGAUCGGUUUCUGAUUCAUCUUCAAAUCUUCGUGUUCCUGAUGAUAAGGUCACUCCGGUGGAGUCUCUAUCGUUGCUGCAGACAGGUUUGUCUGGUACUCCCGUGGAUGUUGGCAGAAAGCCCUCACUUUGUAUUGCUGUCAUAGGAGCCACCGGUGAGCUGGCAAAGAGGAAGAUUUUCCCUGCUUUGUUUGCCCUCUACUACAGUGGCUUUCUUCCCGAGAAUGUAGGCAUUUUUGGUUAUUCAAGGAAGGAUAUAACUGAUGAAGACCUGCGAUCUAUUAUAGCUUCAACAUUAACAUGCCGAGUUGAUCAUCAAGAAAAUUGUGACAACAAAUUAGAUGCUUUCCUUAGUAAAACAUAUUACAUUAAUGGAGGCUAUGACAAUAAAUAUGGGAUGUCCAUGCUGAAUUCUCGAAUGGAGCAAAUUGAGGGAGGAUCCAAAACCAACAGGAUAUUCUACCUUUCUGUGCCACAAGAAGCACUUUUGGAUGUUGCUUCAUGCCUUGCAAGCAGUGCUCAGACCCAGAAUGGAUGGAAUCGCAUAAUAUUUGAGAAGCCAUUUGGCUUUGAUGCACGUUCUUCUGAUAGGCUGACACAAUAUAUUCUUUCAAACUUUCAGGAAAAGCAAAUAUUUAGGAUUGAUCAUCUACUAGGAAGGAAUCUCAUUGAAAAUCUUACAGUUUUAAGGUUUUCAAAUCUAGUUUUUGAGCCACUUUGGAGUCGUACUUACAUAGAUAAUGUACAGGUCAUUUUAUCAGAGGACUUGGCUGUGCAUCCAGGAAGAUAUUUCAGUGGCUACGGAAUUAUCCGUGAUAUUGUUCACUGUCAUGUGCUCCAAACAAUUGCAUUGCUUGCCAUGGAACCACCAAUAAGCCUUGAUGGAGAAGAUAUUAGAAAUGAAAAGCUCAAGGUUUUGAGGUUAAUUCGCAAAUUGGAGCCGAAGGAUGUCAUUCUUGGCCAAUAUAAAGCAAGUGGUGGAGCCAAAGUUGAUGCAUGCGUAAAUGGUCUGACACCUACUUAUUUUGCUGCUGCACUAUACAUUGACAAUGCACGAUGGGAUGGUGUGCCAUUUCUGAUUAAAACAGGCUUGGGGCUCAUCAAACACCAAAUGGAGAUUCGGAUUCAAUUUCGCAAUGUUCCGGGGAAUGUAUACCAUGAGUGCAUCGGGCAUAACAGGGACCGUGCCAUAAAUGAACUCAUUCUUCGGGAUGUUCCUGAUGAAGCUAUUUUGGUGAGAGUGAACAAUAAGGUUCCAGGACUAGGCCUGCAACUGGACUCUUCAGAAUUAAAUUUGCUUUACAAGGACAAGUACAACAUGGAGGUGCCGGAUUCAUACGAGCAUCUUCUUCUGGAUGUCAUUGAUGGAGACAACCAUUUGUUUAUGAGAAGUGAUGAGUUGGCAGCAGCGUGGACCAUUCUAACUCCAAUUCUGAAUGAGAUAGACAAGAACAAUAUGUCAGUGGAGCUUUAUGAGAUGGGGGGUCGCGGUCCUGUUGGGGCAUACUACCUCUGGGCGAAACAUGGUGUCCGUUGGGUGGAGGAUUAAAACUUGCAUCCUUGUUUUUGUUUCUUCUAUAGCACGUUACUUCUGUGUUUAUACUAUGUUACCUGCCUGCCCUGUAAGGACUACCUACCUAGGCUGUGUCAAGUAUUUUGGAAAAAACUUCAACUGCCGAACAGCGUUGUUUUUGUCUUGUUGACAAUUGCAUAUAUUUGAAAACUGUAAUUUUUUUUUUUAUUGAAUUUAGGUGAAGAAAAAAAUUCAAGAAAAAUAAGGAGAAUUAAGGAAAGCAUA